CUGCUUUUCUUACACCCGGUUUCCUAUGCAAACCCAGGGUCAUUCACUGACUCAAUGAAAGCGUUACAAAGACUUAUGCGAUCUGGUUCCUCAACAAGAACCCUGCUUGCAUUGGUUUAUUGGUUUAUCUUUCGUUCUCCCUUUCUGUCGAAGGUCAAACGAAUUCCAUGGCAUCUACUUCAGGUUUUAACAAUGGGCGUCAGCCAGAGAAUGAGAAUACAGAUGCUUCUCAAGCAGCUCCAUCUACUCCUCCUACUUUUUCAGUGGUAAGCCUAUUUUCAUCCUGCUUUGGUUGGUUUUCUCGCUUCUUUCCUACACGUUUAGAUCAGUCCAGUUAUGCGGCACCUACGUCCACCACUAUUAGCCAAUCACAGAAUGAGGUUACAAAUGCUUUACAAGGCAUGGCACCAAAUUCUUCUACCUCUGCCAUGAAAAAUCUGCCCUAUGUAUAUAUUAAUCAUCAUAGCCCCGAUGUCAAAGAGACGUUUGCAACCACUCUCUCAAAUACCCUAAAUGGAAUGGGUUUAAGAGUUUUUCUUGGUUCAAAAGAGUUUAAAUUGGAGGAUUCCUGGCCUAAAGAAAUAGAAGAAGCAAUCCGCAGUGCUUCGCUUCAUCUAGCUAUUUUUUCCGAGAAUUAUGCCCAAUCUCCUCGGUGUUUGGCAGAGCUUUCACUUAUGCUGGAAACUGACACCCAAAUUGUACCUGUUUUCUACCAUAUUCUACCUGAGGAAGUCCGAUAUGCAAAAGGAGUCUUUGAAAAAGCAUUUUCCCUGCACGAAAAGGAGCCUAGAUACACACAAAAGCUUCAGGAGUGGAAGAAUGCUCUCAAUACUGUUUCCUUUAAUAUCGGUCAGAUUGUUAAUACCGAAUAUGACGAGGUGGAGCUGCUCAAGAAGAUUGUUAAUUCUGUUUCUAAAGUAAAGAAAAAAUUGCCAUUUGCGGUUGCCGAACAUCCAAUCGGCUUGGAUGAAGCUGUAAAUGACUUCGAAAUGACGAUUCAAUCUGCUGAACACCAUCACCCUUUGCAUAUUGUGGGAUUAUGGGGUAUGGGUGGCUCUGGCAAGACCACUCUUGCUGGACAAUAUUAUAACAACAAAUACAAAACUAUGGAAAAAUCUAGUUUUGUAUUUGAUGUAAGAGAUGCUGCUAAUAAAAGUGUAUUGCAUGCUAAGCAGAAAGAACUACUGGAGGCCCUUGGUCUCAAAGAUGUACGAGUGGAAACUAUAGAAGCGGGAAAGGGUAUGAUUGCUAGCCGAUUGAAAUCUGUUCGAGUAUUGCUUGUAUUGGAUGAUGUGGAUGAUGUAGAACAAUUGGAUGCACUAUUGCCUAACAAGGAGAGUCUUGGGCGAGGUAGUUUGAUCAUAGUCACUACAAGGGAUUUUGAAGUGCUUAGAUCUUGGGGCAUUUCCACAGUUUAUAAGAUGAAAAUACUGGAUCCACAUCAUGCUGAACAACUUUUCUGUUGGUAUGCUUUCUCACAGCCCUCACCACUUCAAAGGUUUCAGUCUUUAGUUAAAGAUUUCUUAAAUGUUUGCGGUGGAUUACCGUUGUCUCUGAAAGCUUUUGGAAAACAAUUAAAUGGCAACACCAGCAAAGAUUAUUGGAAGCAACAAUUGGAGAUCUCCAGAUUACUUCCUAGAGAUAUCAGAGAAAGUUUGAAACUAAGCUUUGAUGCUUUAGAUGAUGAAGAGAAGGAAAUAUUUUUAGAUAUUGCAUGUUUCUUUAUUGGAGAAGAAAAAAGCACGGUUCUUGAUGUUUGGGAUGGAUUAAGAUGGAAUGGUCUGCACAGUUGGGAAAAACUUUUCAAUAAAUGUCUUGUUGAACUAGAUGAUGGUGAGCGCAUAAAAAUGCAUAAUCAUUUAAGAGAUUUAGGAAGAGAAAUUGCAAAUCAACAGUCACCAUACCGCAUUACCGCAUUUUGUUUCCAUAUCAAGUUAUUGAAGUCAAUGCCUAUAAUGAAACACAGGUAAGAUUAUUACUUUAUUUGAUUCUCAUUAAUCAAUGGCAUGGCAGAAGUUUGGUGUGCUUGUUUAAAUUUUUGUUUCGAGAAAUUAUAGGUGUUUCUAUUAGGUUUUGAUUAUUUACUUUUAAUUGAAAAGAGCAUUCCCAUUCGGGGAAUAGCAUCUACAACAACUGGAUCCAGAAUUGGGUUUGAGGAGUCUCCACAAUGCUCGUCAGGCGGG